AUGGAACCCAACCUGGGCGCCCAGAGGACGACGAUUAUGUGGUACAUCUAUGAUCAUCAUAGAUCUACAAAGGAUGAAUUGAUCUUCUUCUGUGUUGGCAGGGAGCUCGGUGAUGAGGUGGUAGUAGAUCUAUCGAGGAUCUCCCGGCUUGUCAGCUACUGA